GCGCAACCCCCUUCCUCUCUCUUCCUCUCGCCUGGUUACGGCAGCUGCGGGGUUAAUGUUUAGCAGCGGCAGGGGCGGGAUGCUGGCGAGGAGCUGAGGGGGCGGGACCACAGCCGUUGUCGCGGAGAGGCCGCGCCGGCUCCGAGGAAGGAAGGACUCGCCGGCCGCGGAACAACGGCAGAGGCCCGGCCGGCCUUUAGGCUUCGUGCUUCUUGAAAGUCGGGCGUCCGGCCGCCGCGGAAAAUGCCGGCAAAGCUGGUUGCUUCUGCCGUCGGGAGAGCGAGGCGGCACGGUCUGACGCCAGAGUGACGGCGCCAAAGGGGGAACGGAAACCACAGGUGCCGUCCACCGGCGUCUGCGUUCAACGCGAAUGCGAGCGACGCCAAAAAGUGGAUUCCCGAGCUCUCGUUGGCGGCGUCAGAAUUGCCGGCCCGUCCGGCGUUGCAGAUGACAAGCAUGGCGGCCGAGGCGCAGCGCCGAGGGAGCGGCCGCGACUUUGGCCCGGACGACGAGGCGGACGCCGAGUCGUACAUGGAGGACAGCGGCGGCGAGCUCGCCGUGCGGCUCAGGGAGCUGGAGGCGGAAAAUUCGGCCCUGAUGCUGGCCAACGAGAGUCAGAGAGAAGCGUACGAGAGGUGCCUGGACGAGGUGGCCAACCACGUGGUCCAAGCGCUGCUCAAUCAGAAGGAUCUGAGGGAAGAGUGCAUCAAGUUGAAGAUGUUGGUGUUCGACCUGGAGAAGCAGAACCGAGCCCUUUGUGAGCUUUUUCAGCAGAAGCUGCCCGACCAUCCCGCCGCUCACUACCAGGUGCGGGCGGGACCCCUCCCGGAUGACGACGCGCAGCCGGCCCAUGACUCCGCCCCGCAUUCGGAGGCCGCUCAGACCCAAGCGCAAGCCAAGGGGGACGGCCGCUCCUCGCCGGGCCCUCGAAGCCCCGCCCCCUCCAUGGAGGCGCUUUCUCCUUUCUUCAAGAAGAAAGCCCGCAUCCUGGAAGUCCUGCGCAAGAUGGAGGAGACGGACCCCCUCAAGUUCCACCCGGUCACGGCCGGCCUGUCUUUCCGCGACUACGGCCGAGCGCUGGCGUCGGCCGAGGCCGCGUUGGCCGAGGCCGAGGCGCUCCGCCGCGAGUCGCGCCCCGCCCGCUGCCACUGCCCCCGACCCGACGCGCUCCGGCGCGUCAACGGGGACGGGGGGCGCGCCUGCUGUUUCCACUGCAACGGGUGCCCGGAGGGAAGUCUGAAGCCGCGCGCCUGCGCCACCCGCAGCCGCAGUGCGCCCGCGGCCGACGGCUGUUGCGCCGAGCGCCGGGAGGCGGAGCGCGUUCCGCCGUCGGACGGCCCGCAACUGGAUGGCUUCUGUCCGGCCCCCGAGCUUGACCCCGAAGUCCCCGAGCCGGGCGACUCGAGGACGGGCCCCUCCCUCGACGGCGCCGAUCCGCCCGGCCCGAUUCCCUCCUGCCUCGGCGAGGUCAAAAGCGACUCGCCGUCCAAGCUGCUCAAGUUCCUGAAGAUCCCCCCCGCGGGGGACGGGCGCCAAGACUCGGGCCCCGCCGUCCGCCUCAGCCCCCAGCUCACCCGCAGCUCCAGGAUCCCCUGCCGCAGCAACAACUACGAGGUGUACCGCUCUCCCGUCCCCACCCGGCGAGCCACCACCACCGAGCGCUGCGGGCCGCCCCCGCCGCCGCCGCCCGCCAGGUCCGAAUCGUACCCCGCCGCUCGCUCGGCGCCGACGUCCCCCCCGCAAGCUGAUGCCGCCCACCCCGCGUCCGUGAAAGACGGCGAGAUUGCCGCUCGCCCCCCCGAGCCGGCUCGGGGCAUCCCGCAUUAUGAAAACGUCUGCGGGCUAUCGCCCGCUCACGCUCUGGAGAAAAGGUCCACCCUGCCCUCUCAAAGCAAAGGCGAGCGCAAGCUGGUCCAAUCGCUUCCCGAAAGCGUCCUUGUCCCACCCGCUCAAAAAAAGCACUCGUCGUCCUCCGCGUCCGAGUCGGCGUCGGAUGAUGACAACGACGACGACGAUGACGUUCCGCUGUGGGCGAACCACCACAGCCUGCCCAACUCUUUGGCCCUGGGCCGCGCCCGCCCGCGCAUUCCGGAGGAGGAGGAGGAGGAGGCCGCCCGGCCGGCGCUUCCCGCCCGAAGGAACGACUCGUCCUCCAUCCCCAAGAGGCCCGCGGCCAAGUCGCAAGCCGAUUCCGGUCGCCACGCCUUCCAAGAGCGGCUGGCCGCGCUGGGCAAGCUGAGGAGCUCGGAGGAGGCGGACGCCAGCGACCCGAGGAAGACGGCCGAGAGGCGCGCCGCCGACGCCGAGCCCUCGGACGGGAGGCCCGGGCGCCCGGGCUCCACUCAGCCCGGGCGCCCGGGCUCCUUUCAGCCAGCGUCCCGCGCGGGCGCCGACGGCGGGUGCCCCGGCUCGCUCCAUUUAGCCUGCGCGGCCAAAGGCGGGCCUCAGAGCGGCGGCGCUCCCAACAGAGUCCCGCCCAAGUCCCCGUCCAAACCCUGCGGGGGCCUCGUCAGAGCGGGCAAAGGCGCCGACGCCCCGCGCUACUCCUCCAAGUCGGAGGAGAGAGCCAAAAGGGGCGAGAGGAACCCGACGGCGGGGGACAGCCUCCCGCCGCCGCCGCCUCCCCCCCGGCCCGCCGCGCCGGCGGAAGGCGAGGACCCGGCCCCCGCCCCCGCCCCGCGCUCGGCCAUCGAGCAGAAGGUGAUGCGGGGCAUCCGGGAGAACGCGCUGAAGCUGCAGGAGCAGGACCGGGGGGGUCCGCGGCCCGCCGAGGCCCGCCACAAGGCCUCCAACGGCAUCGCCGGCUGGUUCGGCCGCAAGAAGAGCAAGCUGCCCGCCCUGAGCCGCAAGGCGGACGGCGCCAAAGCGCGCGAGUGGAAGAUCAACAUCCCGUCGGCCGGCGGCAGGGGCCGCGAGGGCCUGGAGGGCCUCAACAUCUCCACGCUGAUGGAGAAGGCGGAGGGGCUGCGGCGGGCGCUGGAGGAGGAGCGGGCCUACGUGGAGAGGUCGGCCAGGGGGCGCUCCUGCGAGGUGCUGCUGGACCAGGCGCAGGGACAGCUGGCCGUCGUGUACCGGGGGGGCCGCUCCGACGGCUUCAUGCGCCAGCUGCUCAACAGGUGGACAUCGGGCACCGCAUGUUGCCGCGCCGCCGUUUCCUCGUACGCGCGUUUCCUCGUAAGCGUACGCGCGUGCCGACGAGGCGCUUGGCCUCCGGACAAAGACGACGCCGUCCGUCGCCGAGCCCCUUUUGGAGUGGACGGCAAGGAAGAUGCGGGCGCGCCGCGGCGGAGGCUCUGCUUCGACCGCAAGACAGCCGGGCCCGUCUUCCCUCAGCAAAGCGACGCCGUCCUCGCUCAUGCCGGCGACGACGUGGAAACGGCGUCCCAUCGACUGGGCCAGAUCACGUCAGAUGAGAACCUGACGCAACGCUUUUCAGGUUCUGGCGCAUCCACCUACACGCUGGACAGCGGCAUCGGCACCUUCCCGCUCCCCGACGGAGGGGCGACCGGACGGGGGCCGUCCAAGAGCAGGGCCGAGCAGCGGCCCUCGGGCUCGCCGGGGAGGGCCGGCCGACGGGCCCGCACCUUGGACCGGGAGCCCGCGUCGCAGGACGACUGCGAGGCCGCGCGCAAGCGGGCCCUUCCCGACGCGCGACACCUCGCCAAAAUGGAGGCGAGAGGCUCGGCCGGCGUCCUCGGCGAAGACCAAGAGGCCCCCCCUGGGGCACGCGUGUUCUCCCCUCGCUCCAAGACGUGGACCUUCCCCAACCUCAAGACCCCGGCGGGACCCGCCGUGGAGUACCUGGCCGUGGAGGAGGAAGAGCGGGAGGCGGCGACCUUCGGCACGCCCUUCAGAGCGGGCUCAAAGGCCGGCGGCCCGUCUUCCAGCCGCGCCGGCGAGCUCGGCGGCCCGCCCGCCCCGGCCCCGUCGGGACCCAGCCGCCGGGGGAAGACCCGCGCCCCCGCCGUGGCCGAGAUGAGCCGGGACGCCGGGCUGGAGCUGCUCAGGGAGCGGCCGGAGGAGGCGCCGUCACCGGGCCGGCCGCGGGUGCCGGAGACGCCCGAGUCCCUCAGCGACUCGCUCUACGACAGUCUGUCUUCCUGCGGCAGCCAGGGAUGAGCGGCCCCGCCCCCUCGCCGGGACGGAAACUCAAAAGCGCCCGAGGUCCGCGCCGGACUUCUCCUAGCCGCCGAGAGCACGAGCGGCGGCAUCGUCGGGCUUCUUUUGUUGCGCUUGAGGAAACAAAAGAGGGGUGCUCCAAAAGUCCAAAAAUGUUUUCCCUCAGUUUGUCGGGGAAAAACUAAACUUUGACCACGCCAAGGCAUUUCAAGGUAACGUAUACACGGCAGCAAUAAGAAGAAAGAGAAAUGGCUCCGCCAGUCCACGAAUAUGACAAUUUAUUUAUUUUUCAAUGUACAUGGCUCUCAUCUUUUUGUAAGCUUUGGGUGAAAAUGGCUCCGUUUCGAAUGUCAACCCCGUCUCGCUGUUCAUCCUUUGGACGAGGGCUCCCCCCCCUGGCCGCCCCUUUUUCAACUUUCUAUUAAAAGCCUUUCAUUCAAA